GGAUAGCCCCACCAGAGCUGAGAAAGACCAAUUGGUUUAUCUACAACCCUCACAACAGCAUGCUUAUAAAAUUAAGCCCUAGAACUGAAAAUAUUUUUUUUGUGACAACUUUGCUGUCUCUGUGCAGCAGCGGUUCCAAUUUAAGCAGCUGAGUUCUGCUGAGUGCUGCUGAACUUUUUUGUUUAAAAAAAACAUCAGCACUGUAAAGAGGAAGUAUUUCAGAAAAAAGACAAGCAGGGUUAAAUGCGUCUGCAGGCUUUUUUAAAGUCAUUUUUCGGUCUGUCCUUUCACCGAUAAUGAUACAAGCACCCUAUGCAUCAGCCAUGAGGAGCAUACAACAGAAAAACCUUUACUUGACCCUGGUCUCUGUACUCUGGACCUCUUCUUUGCCUGCUGCAGGAGUUCAGAUCAGAUUAGCUGGAUCUACUCAGUGCUCUGGAAGAGUUGAACUCUUCAAUGGCAGUACCUGGGGAACAGUAUGUGAUGAUGACUGGGACUUAAGAGAUGCUGAGGUGGUGUGCAGACAGCUGAGCUGUGGGAAGGCACUGAGUGCUCCUGGAAGUGCCAGUUUUGGUGAAGGAGCUGACCCAAUCUUGCUGGAUGAUGUGGCCUGUUCAGGAAGUGAACGUUCUUUAACUGAGUGUCAAUCCAGAGAAAUGGGAAAACACAACUGUGAACACAGUGAGGAUGCUGGCGUGGUCUGCUCAGGUACUCAGAUCAGAUUAGCUGGAUCUACUCAGUGCUCUGGAAGAGUUGAACUCUUCAAUGGCAGUACCUGGGGAACAGUAUGUGAUGAUGACUGGGACUUAAGAGAUGCUGAGGUGGUGUGCAGACAGCUGAACUGUGGGAAGGCACUGAGUGCUCCUGGAAGUGCCAGUUUUGGUGAAGGAGCUGACCCAAUCUUGCUGGAUGAUGUGGCCUGUUCAGGAAGUGAACGUUUUCUAACUGAGUGUCAGUCCAAAGAAAUGGGGGAACACAACUGUCAACACAAUGAGGAUGCUGGUGUGAUCUGUUCUGUUAGCCUCCCUAAGCCCAGCAUCUCCAUGAUACCUGUUGGUGAGGUUACCUGGGGUCAGGAUAUCGUCAUCAUUUGUUCCAUCACAGCUGAGCUUCUAGGUGGCACAUUCACUCUUCAGAAAAUCCCAGGCUCAUUCACAGUGACCCAAACACCAAGUUCCAACUCUGCUACGUUCAACAUUAUUCAAGUUGACUUUGAAAAUGAUGGAUCCUAUCAGUGUCAGUACAAGAAAAGCAUUUCAAGUCAAAAUUUCGCCUCCGUCCUAAGUGACCCACUCAGACUCUCCAUCACUGUGAGACUGCAACAGCCGAGUAUCUCUCUCACAUCUCCUAACAGAAGGCUGGUCUGGCGUCCUAAAGGUGCAGAGGUCACCAGGGGUUACCGCUUUGUCCUCAUCUGCUCCAUUAACUGCAGCUAUCCUGAGGGCCAGUUCUUUCUCAUCUCCUCUGACUCAACCAUUGUUGCCGCAAAGCGAACAGUCAACCACUCGGCCUCCUUUGACUUCCCUGUAGCUGAUUAUGAACACCAGGGCAACUACAGCUGUGUGUAUGAGGUCGAACUGUCUACAAGGAGAUUUAAUUCUACUGAGACUGGACCAAUCAGCGUUAUCAUUAAAUUGUCUCUGUUGCUGAUGGUGUCCUCAGUAGCUGCUGGCUUCCUGCUGCUGCUGCUGCUGCUGCUGCUGGUGGUCUGUCUGGUCUGCAGGAGAAGAAAACGAGCAAAGCAGCCAACCCUUGUCCACAACAAAUUGGCUGUCAGAGUGGGAAAGUAUUGCAAAGAUGAUGAAGAUGAUUAUGUAAAUAUAAAUUCAAUGGAAACCAAGAAGAAUCUCAAAGAGGAAACAGUGGAUGAGGACAAUAUUUAUGAGGAACCAGAGCGAUUUGAUGAUCAUGAUUCUGAAGAAGUAGGCCUAAAUUCACGUUUGAGAAUGGACAAGGGGGUCUGUUUCAUUGAAGAUGAAAACAGACAAGAGGAAGAAGAAACCAGUGAAGAAGAAGAUGACUAUGAAAAUGUAAAACCACUUACUGAAACAACUGAUGGCAUUUAUGGAAAUUAUGAUAUUAUUUGCCCUUAAUGCAUUUCCGCCAUGCAUGCAAGACUGUGCGCUAGUCAUUGUUUAGAUCUAAUCCUAAAUCCCUCUACGCUCUGAGUCCGUCAGCUACGCUCUGUUGAGCCCCCACUGUUAGACCCCACAUGGGCCAAGUCUGCUCUGAUUGGUCUGCCGAUCCGCUCUGUCGUUAUUGGUCAGUUGCUCAGCACGCGUCUCGGAAAACCCUAACCCAACUGCAUAUUGGGUAGUGCAAAAAAAAAAUUGCCAAAGACAUGUAGGUAUUAUCAUUUUAUUCCCACAAGCACACAGCAUUGAUGGAGUUGGCAGAGGAUGUGGAAGGUUAGCACAAUGCCCCCCAAGCUUUUCAUAAAGCUUGGGAACAUUACAGCUGUCAUAUAGGGAUAGAUGUAAUGAGCGACAGUAGCUCAUUCUGUAGGAACUUGGGUUGGGAACCGAAGAGUCACCUGUUCAAGUUCCUGUGCCGACCAUAAUAUGGAAGUUGGUGUGGUAGCUGGAGAGGUUCCAGGUCACUUCCCAGGUACUGCUGAGGUGACCUUUUGCUCAUAGCUUAGUAAUCUGGUUUUGAAUAUCUGAGUAUUUUAGUACUAUAAACUGGUGUUUCAUAGUCAGUAAUAAACAUUUUGACCUCAAAUAUUCAUGAUAGUCUUAAAGCAAAUUGCUUCAGAAAUGUAAUGAUAGAUAAAGCAGGAGAGUUAGAGUGGUGGCUAUAGAUGUUAUCAGGGCCUGGCUUUGAUGGAACAGCACGUAUUGAUCAUUUUGAACAAUUAUUGCUGUCUUCGCUUUGCAGAUUUGAAAACUGCAGACUGUAAUUACAGUUUAUGUCCAUAAGAUGUCAGACGCUGCUUACAUUCUAGAGAUGUGUGAAUACUCUCCUGACUGCACUGUACUCCAUGUGAAGUCAUUGGAACACAGGAUUUCUUAAGGCAAGUAUUUUUAGUUUUCAUGUAACAUACAUUAAUCAGUAUUAUGCACUUGUAUUUAACACUUUUCAAAGGGCACCUGAAAUAUUUUCAGACGUAAAGUAUAUUCCUCCUCACAACAAGCUAACAGAAUUUUAGUUUGUAUCCAUAGUGGACUGUAUCACUUUAUUAGAAAACAUCCUUUAUAUUGAAUAUAUAGUUGUAAAAAAUGGUUAACAUUUUUUCAGCUUUAUUCUAUUUAAAGAAGAAAAAAAACUAAUUUCACUUAUUUGAAAUUGAGAGAUUAAAAAAACAUUUUUUUGCACAGAUUCACUAAUUAAUAUUUGGUUCACUUAAUUGAAGGAGAAUCUUCACUCAUUUCUGACACAUCCCAUAAAGUAACCUAAGAACAUGA